UGCGUAACGGAGAAGAGUAUCCCUCAACUACUAAUCUGCGAUUCUCACCACUGACACGUUCUCCAGAAAAUAUCCGACCGUUGUCAUUAUUGUGCUUAAACAGUUUCACGUCACAACAAUUUAAGAAUAUGGGAGUGGUUUCCAAAAGAAUUUCAUCGUUUUGGGAAGGUUGUUUUCGGGAAAUGUGAUUGGCGAGUGCGCGCUGCAAUUACGUGUUUACAAUGCUGUGAAUGAGACAGUUUAGGCUGUGUUUUCCCUUCGGAUAUCCUCCGUCUUCAGUCAAUGGAGUACGGAUGCAGUGCACAAUGUUUUGAUUUAUAUCUUCUUCAAAAUGCUCUAUUGAGAAGCAAGGCAAGCUCCAACCGAAAUAUGCCUGCAUUGGAUCUAAUUGGCUGCACUGUCUCUCGGAUUAGUUUGACUUCAUCGCAUGGGACGGUCUUUUAGGAAUACCUAUUCAUGUUUAAAGUAUUAUAACGAUGCCAACAUAAAUUAUUAAAAUACACUAUCAGUAGUAGCUCCAACAGCGAUGGAUUAUCGGCGGAAAAAGAAGCUGACAUACUUCACUAUUGGAUUGAUCUUUCUUCUAAGUGGAAUCGAAUAUGCCGUAAUCUUGCCCACGAUAUGGAGAUACUUGCAGACACUGGACGCGGCUCCCUACUUCCUGGGUCUGAGCCUAUCAGCUUUCAGUCUGAGUGGUCUCCUCACUGGACCUCUAUUUGGCCUCUGGUCCGACCGGACCUGUGCCACCAAGAAGAUCAUCCUAUUCGCCAACCUCUUUGAGAUAGUCGGCAACUUCAUGUACUUCAUGGGCUAUUCCAAAUGGCUCUUGCUGUCCAGCAGACUUGUGGCAGGAAUAGGUACUGGUGCUGGUUCAUCCAUCUUUGGCUUCCUAACCCGAAGCACUGCCCCAGAAGACCGUUCCACUGUGUUCGCUGCAGUCAUGGCAUGUCGGCAGGCUGGCCUUCUGAUUGGUCCAGCAUUCAACAUCUUCCUGAGGCUCUGUGAUUUUGAGAUGGGCCCGUUUCUGGUCAAUAAGUACACCGCACCAGGGCUCUUCAUGUGCCUGCUGUGGAUCCUCCUUCAGCUGGCUGUGGUGUUCAUGUACUGGGACAUCCCACCCCAGGAGACAGAGGACCAAAGCGAGAGCGUAGCGGAGGGAGACAAAGAGGUGGUAUCGAGAGAGGUGGAGGAUAUGGACGGGGAUGACGACGAGGGGAAGCCCUUAAUGGGGCCCCACGAGCUCCUGGGCUCCUACGGUUCGGUGGUCACCCCCGAUCCACAGAGGGAGCAGGCGGCCAUCUCCAACGGCGACCUGUCACACAUCUCCCCGCCCUCCUCGCCGCCGCCUGAGUUGGACGUACCAUCCAACCCCUUCAAGAGGUUCAGCAUGAGCCGAGAGUUCCUUAGAGAAGAGGUGGUGGUUCUUCUAACCGCCCAGUUCAUCACUCUCUUUAACCAGACAGCACUGGAGACCAUGGUGACCCCAUUGACCCAGAAGUACUUCAACUUUGGUGAGCUGGAGAACAGUGUGAUGUACUGUAUCUGCGGCGUGGAGGUCAUCGCUGGCUUCCUGUUUGUGCGCUGGCUGACCAAGCGAGCGGCUGAGAGGGUGGUGCUGGCUGUGGGCCUCAUCCUGUGCAAUAUCUCCUGUGUGUGGUGUCUCAUCUUCCUAGCCAAUCCCCAAGGCGGCUUUGCUUGGCAGUUAGCAGAGUUCAUCAUCGGUGUAUUCUUGCAGGUAUUGGGACUGCCCUUUGUAGCCGUAGCCCAGGUGUCUCUUUUUUCCAAAGUCACUUCAGAGAAGACUCAAGGGUUCAGUCAAGGAGUCCGUCGCUCAGUGGGAGGUCUGGCGACAAUCUUAGGGCCACUGUGGGCCGGGGGACUAACUAGUAAUCUUUACGUCAUGCUGGGGGUGAUGAUGGCUUUACUGGCACUGCUCACUAUAAUGCUGUUCUUCUCCUAUGACCGUCUGGUGGAGCCUAGUGUGGUGGAGCAUGCCGACAGCUCUGAAGAUUGUGGUUGAUUAGGACAUGGGUCCAUGAUGAAAUAAGGAACGUAAGAGCCCCUGGAGUGCUUCCCCGACCCUUGGUGCUCCUGGAAUCUACUUACCUGCUCACAGUCUCACACACUCUAAAGAACUUAACAUGAUGAAUGUACUUCUCUGGAAAAACAUGUUUUUCCUGUGGAAAUGUGUGAUAAAACGGAAACUGGGGCAAAGUGGGAAUAUUAUGUGCAUAGUGUAUUAUAGCAAUAGAACUGUAUACUAUUACUAUGUUUAACCACAACACAUUUAAUUUGUUUUAAACACAAACUGAGAUGUAUGGCUAUAACCCACUGGAUGUGAUCUUUUCCCAGACCUUAAUUAUCUGCAGGUAAAUGAAUUGCCUGUUUUGAAAUUAAAUACACCAUAAAUUGUGAGUGAUCAUAUGUGGAUAUCACAAUAUGUCAAACUAUGUAAAAAGACUUCAUAUGAGGAGCAAUAUGAAGAAUAUGUUACUAUGAGUUUAAAUGUAUGGUAACGGCAAGGGUUGUUCUAAGGAUCUCACCUAGACUCCACCCUGGUUUGUUACUGAUCAGUAGUAUGCAGUUUUAACACUAGUUUAACUAAAGUUAACAUAAUAUAGAAUCCAAUAAUAACAUUUACGUGAUUUUUUUGCUGAAGCAGCCAAGAAAAGACAUCUUUCAAACAUUUAUGGUCAAAAGAUUCCUUGUGUUAAAAGACAGACGGGCUUAACUAUAAAUUUGAACUCUUUAAAUAUUUUUCGUGUGUGCUGGUGAUAUUUAAGUUUUUGUAAAUUAAAAUUUUCAAUUGUUAAAAGCUACAUUCUAUUGUCAAUUGAAGUUGUUUAUUUAUUUUUUAUUUAUUUUUUAUUUCGUCACCACCUACGUAAACUGUUUGAUGAGAAAAAUCUAUUUUUCUGAAUUGUCAUUGUUUAAAAAAAUAUGUAAAAUAAAUGUAAAAACCUUGCUUUA